AUGCCGAAAACUGCAAAGAAACAUCACAGGAAAUCAAAUGGUCCCAUUGAAGUGUCAUCGGCAAUCCAUACAGGAUCAUCAGCUAAACUCAAAAAGAAAAUCCGGGAUAUAGAGCGUGCAUUGAAAAAACAUGAAAAAUUACCAGCAGAUAAAAAAAUUGAAUAUGAACGAGCAUUAAAAGGUUUGCAAGUCGAGUUGCAAAACUCUCAGAAAAACUUGAAAGAAAAAGAAAACGCUUCAAAGUAUCAUAUGGUGAGGUUCUUUGAAAGGAAGAAGGCAACCAGAAAACUUAAGCAACUACGGAAACAAUUCGAUGAGAUGCAAAAUACCGCUGAACCAUCGAAAAAAGAGUUAAAGAAACUUAGAAAACAAGUGAAACAUGGAGAAAUUGAUUUAUUAUAUGUGUGUUUAUUCCCUAAAGCAGAGAAAUAUAUUUCACUAUACCCAAGCCAAAGUGCAGAGGACAUCAACGAUCCUAACGUCAAAGCAGGAUUAAGAAAGACCGAGGCAAAGCGACUACAAUUUAGAAAAGAAGUGGAGAAGUUGAUGGAUGAAGGUAAACUACUGUUUACUGUGGAUGAUAUACUCGCAGGAAAGAAAGUAUACCAUGAAUUUUACAAAUCAAGCACCACUGAGAAGGAGAUUGAUGCACCCGCAGCUAAGGAAGAAGGAGAAAAUGGCGAAGAACAAGAUGAUUUCUUUGAAUAA